CCACGUGCGCGAGUGGUACUGGUUUAUCAGACCCCGAAGAGCGGUCGUAUAACUAGAAUUGUCGGAACAGCUACAUCAUCUGAAAUCAUGCGAAGCCGGUGAAUUAUUUUCGGUAAUAACCUGAGGCCAGGUCAUCACUGUGAUAAAUUUGUAUAACCGGUAGAAAACGCUCGGUGAUACAGCUGCAUGAUGUGAUACGGAUAACUUGAGCGAUACAUGACUAUAUGAUUAUGUCACUUGAUCCGUAUAAGUGUCGUGCAGUUAGAAGUGUAACGUUUCGGGAAGUUCGCGGUUGCGGUGAUGAUGCGUGAAAGGCAGUACAAGUGACGCAAAUCCGCUUAGCAAAGCGCGUUCACUUACUUCCUUUAUACGUUACGAUUGUGGUGACAAUUGCAGUAUUUUUUUAUCCAGAUCAUGGAAAUUAAAUACGUGUGAAAAGUGGCGAAUGAAAUUGUUAUACGAUGAUCGGGACAUUGACUUCUUUCAAAGCACGUGAACGCCGCACUAUCACCUUGGUUCUUAAACAAACACAUCAUCAGACAGUUCAAUCACGAGUUGAGAAGUGUUCGACGAUGAACGUUUACUCAUGAACCCUUUUCAAGUGUACUUAUAAUUUACGGGUGAUGAUGGUGUGCUUCAACCGAUUCUGAUAAGAAUCGUCACGCCUGAAUCGAGCAGAGCCACACCUGGAAUCACCGAAACGAAGAUGACCUGCAACGGCCGAGCGGCGGUCAUCCGUUGUGGUCUUUUUCUGGCAUUGAUAAACGUGGCCAUUGGUAACAACCAGACGGAUGAUUUGAACCAGCUUCUAACUUCAACCUCAAAAAACCCCAGCUGGUGGCCGCAGCAUCUUUACCGCAAUGACUCCGCGCAUAGUGCAAAAAAGUCUUCAAAAAUUCUUCAUUUCUCAGAAUGGAGUGAAUGGUCUGUUUGUAAUAAUCACUGCACACAAAACAGAGUAAGGAGGUGCCAAGCGAAGAAAAAAUGUGGAAACACCGUUCUUAGAGAAGAACGGAGCUGUUUCCACAAAAGACGAGGAAGGCGACGAAGAUGCCGUCAGCGUCAGAGACACAGGGAUCGGCAUAAAGCGAAGUUUCAUGUUGUUCAGAUUCCGAAGGAAGCGGAACCCAGACAAGGCAGACGGAAGGGUAAUCACGGCCAGAAGGGACCGCGCAAACGACCAAACCGCUUCUACGGAAAAUGGAGCAAAUGGUCAACGUGCAGCAGGAGUUGCACCACGCAGCGACACAGGUGGUGCAGACGGCCAAGAAUUUGUGGUCACGACGUCAUCCGCGAAAGCGCCUACUGUUACGUCGAAGGGAGCUUCUGCCAAAAAUGGAUUUAUCGACGGAUACAAGGACGACACGAAGAAGACAACGAUGUGGAUCAAGAGUUGGACGAAUUAGAUCUCCGACCGAACAUGGUGGACUCCUUCAGCGGCGCCGUAGAGGAACCAUGGAAAUGUGGAGUGCUCAAUUCCAGCAAAAACUCCAGACUGUCCUAUUUCACCAGGAUCAUUGGAGGGCGUCCAGCAACGGCAGGAAACUGGCCAUGGCAGGUCGCCGUACUGAACAGAUUCCGGGAAGCAUUCUGCGGCGGAACUUUGGUCUCACCCAGAUGGGUCCUUACGGCUGCACACUGCAUCCGUAAGAGACUCUACGUUCGUGUGGGUGAACACGAUUUGACAGUGAAAGAGGGCAGUGAACUAGAAUUUAGGGUCGACAGCGUAAUCGUGCAUCCGUACUACGACGCAGAUACGGUUGAUAACGACGUUGCCCUUCUGCGGCUUCCGGUGAUUUUGACACCCGCUUCGACUCGCGGAAUUGCAUGUUUACCGACUCCGAGACAGCCGUUACCCACAAAUCAACUUUGCACCAUAAUCGGAUGGGGCAAGUCCAGAGCCACAGACGAUUUUGGUACUGACGUGCUUCACGAGGCCAGAGUGCCGAUUGUCUCGACUGAAGCAUGUCGAGGGGUUUAUACCGACUACCAAAUAACAGAUAACAUGUUUUGUGCGGGAUAUCGUCGCGGGCGCAUGGAUUCUUGCGCAGGAGACAGCGGAGGCCCCCUGCUCUGCAAGGAUCCGCGACGACCGGAGCAGCCAUGGACCAUUUUUGGGAUUACGAGUUUUGGAGAAGGUUGCGGUAAACGUGGCAAAUUCGGGAUCUACGCAAGACUGCCCAACUACGUAGUCUGGAUUGAGAAGGUCAUGAGACACACAGAUGCAGGAACGUAG